AGAAGAUUGGCAACACUGCUCGGUCGCAUGUGUAAUAUCAUCGAUAUUCUAGCGAUUAUCUUAAUAAUUCUGUUUUUAAUAUAACCGAAGUAAUCUACCGAAUAAUAUCUGUUGCUUCAUUAAAUAUUGAUUUAAUCUCGUAACUACACAUAUUCUGCAUUUAAAUUACUAAUCAUUUGAGGGAGAAAAAUGGCUGAACCAAUCCGUGUCGUAGUUACUGGUGCUGCCGGUCAAAUUGCCUAUUCACUACUUUAUAUGAUUGCUCGUGGUGAAGUGUUUGGUAAAGAUCAACCACUAAUUUUGCACUUAUUGGACAUUCCACCCAUGGUUGAUGUUUUGGAAGGUGUUAUUAUGGAGUUGACUGACUGUGCUUUACCGUUACUACGCAACGUAGUUCCUACUACGGAUCCAGCUGUUGCAUUCAAAGAAGUUGCGGCUGCGUUUUUGGUUGGUGCUAUGCCACGUCGGGAAGGAAUGGAACGCAAAGAUUUACUCUCAGCAAAUGUAAAAAUCUUUAAAAUUCAGGGUCAAGCAUUGGAUAAAUAUGCCAAUAAAGAUGUUAAAGUGUUGGUUGUUGGUAACCCAGCCAACACAAAUGCCGCAGUAUGCGCCUAUUAUGCGCCCACUAUUCCACGAGAAAAUUUUACGGCAAUGACUCGCUUGGAUCAGAAUCGCGCACAGGCACAAAUUGCUACCAAAGUUGGUGUGCCCGUAGCCGAUGUAAAAAAUGUGAUAAUUUGGGGCAAUCAUUCGUCUACUCAGUUCCCCGAUGCUAAUCAUGCCGUUGUAAUGAUAGGCAAUACAGAAAGAUCAGCCAUCGAAGCUGUAGGUGAUGCUGAAUAUUUAAAAACUUCAUUUAUUGAAGUCGUGCAAAAACGUGGCGCCACAGUGAUUGCAGCUCGUAAAAUGUCCUCGGCUAUGUCCGCAGCGAAGGCUGCUUGCGAUCAUAUGCAUGACUGGUGGUUUGGCACCCCGGCCGGAAAAUUUGUUUCAAUGGGUGUUAUGUCUGAUGGCAGCUAUGAUACUCCUAAGGAUGUAGUUUACUCAUUUCCAGUUGAAAUAAAGAAUAAGCAAUGGAAAAUUGUUCAGGGACUUCCGAUCAAUGAUUUUGCAAAAUCAAAAAUGGCUCUUACUAGCAAGGAGUUAUUGGAAGAAAAGAAUGAAGCGAUGGCUGUUUGCAGUACGGAUUGACUAGCUAGCCCGUCGGAUUCAAAACUGUAGAUGACUAUUGACCAAUCUUCCGUCCUCUUUUAGGGGAGGAUAUGACAUACAUAAUAUAUAUGCGCGUUUUCAAUAUU